GCGGUGCAGAAGGGCGGGAAGCGCGGGCGGCGGCGCGGGCUGUGCGCGCGCGCCAUGAAGGAGACGCGCGGUACUUCCAGGCAGCAGAACCAGCCUCAAGGGCACUAUGGACUUACCUCUCCAAUUAGCUUGGCUCCUCCUAGUGACAAAGACCACAUCCAUACUCAGAAGCUGAUUGAAGCAAUGAAGCCAUUUGGGGUGUUUGAGGAUCAGGAAGAACUCUAUCACAGGACAACUGUUCUUGGAAAACUGAAUAACUUUGUCAGAGAAUGGAUUUCAGAGCUUGCUGAAAGCAAGAAUCUUCCCCCUUCAAUAACAGAACAAGUUGGUGGCAAAAUAUUUACGUUUGGCUCCUACAGACUUGGAGUACACACCAAAGGUUCGGACAUCGAUGCCCUUUGUGUUGCUCCCAGUCACGUGGAACGAUCCGAUUUUUUUCAGUCAUUCUUUGAAAAGCUGAAGAAUCAAGAGGAAGUAAAAAACCUGAGAGCCAUUGAGGAUGCAUAUGUACCUGUUAUCAAAUUUGAGUUUGAUGGCAUUGAGAUUGACCUCGUGUUUGCCAAGCUCUCUUUGCCAACGGUUUCUGACGAUCUCGAUCUCAGGGAUGACUCCUGCCUCAAAAGCCUGGAUAUAAGAUGCAUCCGGAGCCUGAAUGGCAGCAGGGUCACAGAUGAAAUACUGCGCCUGGUGCCCAACCUGGAGAACUUCCGCCUCACGCUCCGUGCAGUUAAACUGUGGGCAAAACGACGUGGUGUUUACUCCAACAUCAUGGGAUUUCUUGGUGGAGUCUCCUGGGCCAUGCUGGUAGCAAGAAUAUGCCAACUCUACCCAAAUGCUUUGGCCUCUACUCUCGUUAACAAGUUCUUCUUGAUUUUUUCCAAAUGGGAUUGGCCAAAGCCAGUAUUGCUGAAACGACUUGAAGAGAGCUUUCUUAAUUUGCCAGUCUGGGACCCUAGGGUGAACCCAUCGGACCGGUACCACGUGAUGCCCAUCAUCACCCCAGCCUAUCCACAGCAGAACUCCACCUACAACGUGUCAGUGUCAACACGAGCAGUCAUGGUGGAGGAGUUCCAACGUGGUCUUGAAGUUACAGAUGAGAUUCUCAAAGGAAAAUCAGACUGGUCAAAGCUCUUUGAACCCCUGAACUUCUUUCAGAAGUACAAACAUUACAUUGUGCUGACUGCCAGUGCCUUUACAGAAGAGCAUCACCUAAACUGGAUUGGCCUCGUCGAGUCUAAAAUCCGUGUGCUGGUUGGAAACUUGGAAAGGAAUGAAUUUAUAACUAUUGCACACGUGCAGCCACAGUCUUUCCCUGGCAAUGAAGUUCUCUAUAAACAGAGUGGAUAUGUAUCAAUGUGGUUUCUUGGGCUUGUGUUUAAGAAAGCAGAAAGUGCAGUAAAGACUAACGUUGAUCUAACACAUGGGAUACAGUCAUUCACAGAUACAGUUUACAGGCAGGCCAGUGCCCUCAACAUCCUAAAGGAAGGUAUGAAGAUUGAGGCAACUUAUGUGAAGAGAAAGCAACUCCAUUAUUUUUUGCCAGCAGGAACCUUACAGAAAAGAAAGAAGCAAAGGGUGUCAGAUAUUAGUCAAAAUAAUAGUGGACUUCAGUGCAAAAGGUCUUCUUUAGGUGAAAGCUGUUCGGAUGGUUCCAAAGACAGAGAUUCCAGAACACCCUCUAAUUCCUCUUCGUUAAAUAAGAUUUCUAAGUUGGACAUCUCUACAGCAGAGACAGAAAGGUUAGUGCAAUAACCUUGGAACUGUGGAGAAGCUGCUUUUAACUGACUCACACUGUAAAU